AUGAAUAUUUUUAAUAAUCUUGAGCCACGAAGUGCUAAUGCCCUUGGUAAUGAGACAGACGAGAACUCACUGGCAGCAGAAAAUGCUGGAAGGAAUGGAGCUCUUUCUAAAUCCCUUACUGCACUUGGUUCUGUCACCAGCCUGGCCACUGGACUACUCUCAAGGGGUCAAAAACACCUAGAUCCAAUAAGGUUUGAUUCUGCAGGUGAAAAUGAAAUUCAAUCUCUGGGGAAUUGGAGUGUGCUAACCUCUCAUGGUAAAGGAGAGGAAAGUAUUGUUGCUGAGGCCACAGAUUUGUUGAAAGUGGGUGAUGCUCUUUUCAACUUGAAGCCUGAAGAAUCAGAUACUUCAUCACGAUAUGCCGAUGGCACAUCCAGUUUCAAAUGCUUUGAUUUUGCCAAAGACCCUUAUGACCAUUAUUUUCUUGGUACAGAUGGACGAAAUAAUGCUGAAAGGAAGUGGCUCAAGAAGGUUCAGCAAGAUUGGAACAUCCUUCAGAAUAACCUGCCCGAUGGGAUAUAUGUACGAGUUUAUGAACAUCGGAUGGAUCUCUUGAGAGCGGUGAUAGUUGGAGCAUAUGGGACCCCUUACCAAGAUGGCCUUUUCAUCUUUGAUUUUCACCUUAAGCCUGAGUACCCUGAUGUUCCACCGUCGGCCUACUAUCAUUCUGGCGGCUGGCGGAUAAAUCCAAAUUUGUACGAAGAUGGUAAAGGGCUAGUGCUAAAUUCUAAGCCAUAUUUUAAUGAAGCUGGGUAUGAUAAGCAAGUUGGGACAGCUGAGGGAGAGAAAAAGUCAGCGUCCUACAAUGAGAAUACAUUUCUGCUGAACUGCAAGACAAUGGUGUAUCUUAUGCGGAAGCCCCCUAAGGGGUUGAGCUUCUCAUACGCCAUGGAAAUUUUGCUUGGAUGCAGUGGAGUGAGUUUCGGGAAACCUCUGUUUGAAGGUGCUCCUUCAGAACCACCUGGCAGUGCUCAUUUCAAUUCCUCUGCAACUGCAUUUAUUACUAUGGGAAUCGAUUUAUUCCUAAACUCUGCCUUUGAGGGGUUUGAAGGUUUAACUAGCACUGUAAAUAGCUUUUGUAAGUUCUACUCAUAG